AUGAGAAACGCAACAGCAGCUGGUAGCUAUGGACGACUACAAUCCGAAGACGCCAAAGUCGUCGAAGACAACAAAGGCGACGAAGACGCCAAAAGCGACAAAGACGCCAAAAGCGACAAAGACGCCAAAAGCGACGAAGACGUCAAAGGCGACGAUGACGCCAAAGGCAACGAAGACGCCAAAGGCGACAAAGAUGCCAAACGCCACGAAGACGCCGAACGCGACGAAGAUGCCAAACGCGACGAAGACGCCAAACGCGACGAAGACGAAGACGCCAAACGCGACGAAGACGUUAAAGGCGACGAAGACGAAGACGCCAAAGGCGACGAAGACGCCAAAGGCGACGAAGACGUCAAAGGCGACGAAGACGCCAAAGGCGACGAAGACGCCAAAGGCGACGAAGACGCCAAAGGCGACGAAGACGCCAAAGGCGACGAAGACGCCAAAGGCGACGAAGACGCCAAAGGCGACGAAGACGCCAAAGGCGACGAAGACGCCAAAGGCGACGAAGACGCCAAAGGCGACGAAGACGCCAAAGGCGACGAAGACGCCAAAGGCGACGAAGACGCCAAAGGCGACGAAGACGCCAAAGGCGACGAAGACGCCAAAGGCGACGAAGACGCCAAAGGCGACGAAGACGCCAAAGGCGACGAAAACGCCAAAGGCGACGAAAACGCCAAAGGCGACGAAGACGCCAAAGGCGACGAAGACGCCAAAGGCGACGAAGACGCCAAAGGCGACGAAUUUCCUUCCUGA